GCUGGAUUAUUGUCAUUUCUACCUGUCCAUGUCGUUACAGCUACUACCUGUCCUGCUACUACUUGUCCUUGUACCUGUCGUCGUAGCGACUAGCUGGGACCAGGAGAAGGAGAACGGGGGGAGGAGGAGGAGGAGGAGGAGGAAGCCGCCUGCCUGCCUUCAGUGAGCGCGCUCCGUUGAGAGGAAAUGGACGUCAGCAGCGGGGAAGCAGAGGAGCCACCUUGUGCAGAUACAAAGUGUCCCACGACGUCUGACUGUCUGGAGAUUUCUGACUGUCUGGAGAUUAGCCUUCCUCCCAAGAGUCAGCAGGAAGAGGACGACGACAAGAGGAAGGUGACACCAGGACACAGGGCCAAGCGGGAGCGGCGUCAAGGCAGCAGCGCCAGUGCCACUGUGUGCCAGGUGUGCAACAUUCAACUCAACUCUGGUACCCAAGCUCAGAUCCACUACAAGGGCAAGACGCACCAGAGGAGGCUGCGCAGGCUGGCAAAGGUUCUUGGUUCAGGUGCACUGUCCCAGAACCCGGUCCUCCCCCUGCUGGGUUCCCUGUCCCUGUUGGGCAGAGCCAGCCUGCAGCCGCGGAACCACCUGGAGCGCUUCCUACCGCUCAGAAUCAGGAGCUCCUCGCCCUUCAGCCUGUUUCCUCAUUUCAACACGAUGGAUCCGGUGCAAAAGGCGGUAAUCAAUCACACCUUUGGCAUGGCUCCGCCCAGGCGAAGAACAAUUAUCUCCUGUAAUAUUUGUCACCUGCGCUUUAACUCUGCUAGCCAGGCUGAGGCCCACUACAAGGGUCACAGACAUGCUCGUAAGCUGAAGGCCUUAGAAAACCAGAGGAACCGACAAAGGAACGGGCACGGAGCGCAGAAGGACAGAGGCAAAGACAAGAAGGCGGGGAGAGGAAGUGGACGACAAACUGACUCGCAAUUAAAAGAAGGAUCAGAUUUAGGCACGUCGUUGCAGCAACUGGAAAAUGGCCCGGGGAGUUCCCUGGCCCCCACCUCCUCUGCCCAGCCCACAUCCACAGACUCAUCUUCAAGCCGGUCGCCUCAGCUGUCCCAGCAAUUCCCUCACAUCCCUCAGCUUUGCCAUUCAACACCGGAGGGUUCGCCUGUGAACGACUGCGGCCCGCUACGACCGACUGCAGAAGCCCAGUGCGAUGCUGUAGGUGAAGAAGAAGAAGUGAUGAACGUGGAUGCUAAAGAGGACAAAAGUGACAAAAAACAUCUACACUGUCCCACGUGUAAAGUGACUGUUAAUUCCAGCUCCCAGUUGGAAUCACACUGCAGUGGCUCGAAACACAAACAGAUGAUGGACAGCCCAAACAGCAGCCAGUCGCACCGCAGAACCAAGAGGACGACGUUCCCCAGGCACACCUGCCGGAUAAUAAAGCAGAGAAGGGGCAGCAAGACCAGAGGGCUUAUGGGCGUCACCGGCAAGCGAUUUCACUGUCAACUGUGCCAGGUGGCCGUCAACUCAGAGAAUCAGCUUAAACAGCACAUGAACAGCAGAAGGCACAAGGAGCGUUUGGCCGGGAAGCCUGUGAGGGUGAAGGCCAAAUUCACCCCUUAUAAUAAACCGCAGCCCAACACGGCAUUAGUGACUAAACUUGCCUUGCAGAAGCAUCUGUCCAAGGCCCUGUCAGCAGGGUUCCUGACCACCCCUUUCAAUCCAGCUGCUUUAUGCACCAUGGCAUCUGCACCGCUGGCACUGCGACUGCCCCAGGGCCCUGCAGCCUUCAUCCACAGUCCCCUGAUAAGCCCCGCCCUCUUCAGGCCUGCCCCAGGGCCUCUGAGGGCCACUCAUGCACCCAUUAUCUUCUCUCCUUUCUGACAGUGUGUCAUAUUUGACAAAUCAUAGCACAGAAUGUACACUAAGCCAUAAAAGUAAAUAUAUUUUUUUGUUUAUUUAUAAAGAACUAUCUGCCAUGACAAAGAGGUGUGUUAAUGUGAAGCUUUUGUUGCCAAAAUUAUUUCAAGUUGAUCUUUCUGGUUGUGCUCUAGGGAAAAAAAAUAUCAUUCUUGUAUUAGGUUCUCUACACAAAUGACUUGAGCGCAAAGAAAAUAUUUAUAGUGGAGUAGCUUUGGAUUGUUGGAACUUGGUCAUCGUCAUUAAUGAACGUUCCAUCCGUCUGUGUUUAUGUCCUGUGCCAUAAUACAAAGCCAAAACAGGAUUUUUAAUGAAAUGGAAACUGUUUGACUUGAGCCAUUAAAGCAAAUCCUUCAGAAACGCAAUACAAAGAAGCAAGCUGGUCUUUGAUACACCUGUCUUAAUAUUGUUUUUAUACAUUUUUAGCGGCUGUUGCCUCAUAACCAUCUCAGCAAUAGGAAUAUUUUCACCUAAACCAGUCAAUGUGCAAUCAAGGGCAAUAAUGUAGAAUAAAAUGUGAUAAAAUAUGUGUUGUUAAUUUACACUGCAAUAACUUGUUACAAACUUGUGUUUGUGUUUUUUGUACACAUUCAUUUGAAUGAAAAUAUAAGGUUUAGUUCUGUACAAAUGUAGUGGUGAGCAACAAAUACAAUUAAGACUAUCAACUUGGAUCAUAUAAUUUAAUGUAUUUGGGAGAACAUAAUGUGGCUAAAUACUAUUAAAUGUAAAUAUUAACGCGAAGCACAUAAAUAUGAACAAAAUAAGAGUGCCUACUUGCUACUUUAAGAUACACUAGUGCUCUCUAGUGGUAGGUAUAUUUAAGUGCAUUGACUAUUUGGUAGACUUGCAGAAUAUGUACUGUGCGUACAAAUGUACACGAUCAUGAAAAUAUGUACAUACAAUUAAAAAAUGUAUUAUCAUCCUA